CCCCUCCUCCUGGUGCCUACGGCUUCUUGCUGUUGUCGACUAUUGAGCUACCAGCUGACCUACUUUCUCUCCUCUCAGCCGCUCGCUGCUGUUGACAAGCCCGCCGAGGAUGGUGGACCACGCAGCCCGCCAAACACACGGAUGGCAAAGCGCUUGAAGUGGACUUUUUCAUCGAGCCCAGUCAGAACCGACCGGACGGGGUCUCCCCCCCUCCUAAAUAAUAUAAAUGCGCCUUGUCAAACUUGUUAUGCAAUUUAACGCGUUCGGCCACGCAGCCAUCGUCGCUGCGCACGCAAAAAAAUGAUCACAUCGGUGCAGUUUUUUAGGCGUGGAUGUUUGUUUUCUGCCGGACACCCUUUCCUUUCAAGGAUUUGGCAUUUUUUGGUCCUCUAGUGUGUACUAGAUUUGUAUGAAGGUACGCUCAGAUGAGGUCAACACGGAUUGUGAGACUCGAGAGACAGCCUGGAUGGGAAAGAGCGUGAGUAUGGACAACCUUUCUGACUUCGGCGGCCCCUGUCCUUCCAGCCACAGGGAAUGGGAUACCAUCAGCUGUGUGGAAGAUUUAAUGGAUGAAGAUGAAAAAGACAGGGCCAAAAGGGCAUCCCGAAACAAAUCAGAAAAGAAGAGACGAGACCAGUUCAAUGUGCUCAUCAAGGAGCUGUGCACCAUGCUGCAGGGCCAAGGCCAUCCUCGCAAGAUGGACAAGUCCACCAUACUGCAAAGAACUAUUGACUUCUUGCAGAAGCAAAAAGACAUCAGCGCACAAAAUGAAACGUGUGAUGUCAGACAAGACUGGAAGCCUUCAUUCCUCAGCAAUGAGGAGUUCACGCAGCUCAUGCUCGAGGCACUAGAUGGUUUCUUGUUAGCGUUAACUACAGAUGGAAACAUCAUAUACGUGUCGGACAGCGUGUCUUCACUUAUUGGACAUUUGCCGUCAGAUAUGGUGGACCAAAAUAUCUUAAAUUUCCUCCCGGAGCGGGAACACGGGGAGGUGUACAAGCUGCUAUCAUCCCAUAUGCUGAUGACCGACCCCAUUGCUGCUGACUUCCUAGCCAGUGAGGCACAUGUUGAAUUUUGCUGUCACCUUGCCAGAGGCAAAAUUGAUCCAAAAGAACCACCCGUGUACGAGUAUGUCAAGUUUGUUGGGGAUUUCAAGUUUCAUAACAAUGUGCCUACAUCCUCUUGUAACGGGGUUGAAUUGACAUUACCAAGAAGCCUGCAGUCAUCGCUGGAGGAGCAGGUCUGCCUCAUUGCUACUGUACGAUUAGUCACUCCGCAGUUUCUUAAGGAUUUGUGUAACGUGCAUGAUCCUUGUGAUGAAUUCACAUCCCGGCACAGCCUGGAAUGGAAGUUCCUGUUUCUAGAUCACAGAGCUUCUCCAAUCAUAGGCUAUUUACCCUUUGAGGUUCUUGGAACAUCUGGCUAUGAUUACUACCAUGUGGAUGACUUGGAGCUUAUAGCACAAUGUCAUAAGCAACUGAUGCAGUUCGGAAAAGGUAAAUCCUGCUACUAUCGCUUUCUGACAAAGGGCCAGCAGUGGAUUUGGUUGCGGACACACUACUACAUCACGUAUCACCAGUGGAACUCAAAACCAGAGUUCAUCGUGUGUACUCACACGGUUGUCAGUUAUGCUGAAGUACGAGCUGAAAGGAGGCGAGCGUUUGGCCUUGAGGAGCUGUCACCACUGGAGAUAGCACCCUCCUCUGUGAAGGCCCAGGAGCUGUACUUGGACAUGUGUUCCACACUGGACCCGCCACGGGACAGAAACAGCGGUGCUCGUUCGGUAUCCUCCCACAGCUCUCGGAAGUCCUCCCACACAGCACAGUCGGACUCAGCAUCAGCAAACUCGUAUACGGAGACCUGCACGCCGUCAUGGCAGUCUGCUUCUGUCGGCACAGAGAGAACGCCGGCCAGAGUCCAAGCUGGGAGUUCAAAGAAUUUGACCCAAAGACAAAAUUCCUUUGACCUGGUCCCCCAAAUGAGCCUCCCUGUUUCUCCUCCUUGCAGCAAGCGUUCAACGAUGCAGCAGCAAACACAACAACAACCACAGCAACAGCAGCAGCAGUCGUCGUCGUCGUCGUCCAUGUUUCAGCUGCAGCAGCCUCAGCUUGGUGUCAUGAACCAGCUGAAGGAGCAACUGGAGGAGAGGACGCGCAUCCUGCAGGCUGACAUUAAGACGCAGCAGCAGGAGCUACACGACAUCAAAGAGAAGCUUCACCUCGCUAACCUUCAGAUGUUGCUACAACAGCCGAUCCACAAUGAAUUUGCCCAGCAGCCCCAGCCGCCCCAGCAACAGGGCCCAGGCAGGCCAACUCCGCAGAGCCAAUCAGGGGUCAUCAGGCAGCUCCCUGGCACCCCAAAACCACCGUCUUGCGGCGCUCACAGUUCGUCGCCUCAUUCGCUGCUGAGAGAGAACAACUCUCCCUCAACACAGGCCCCACAGAGGAUCUCUCGAAGUAGCCAGGUGCAGGCAGUGAGUGUGCCCAUGCAGACCAACACGAGUCUGACCAUGCCCUUCUACAGCAACCCCAUGAUGUUCUCUCAGACCAACACCAGGCCUCUACACGAUGCAAACCAAAGACACACGGACAGCAAUGAGUUUAACCAAGAUGGACAACUACGCAUGCUCCUCAACCAGCCAAUGCAGACGCUGGUUCCCACAAGCAGUGUCUCCUCGCAGCCUUCCCAACAGUGCAACAUGGGCAUUCCCCAGACCUUAUACACCUUGGAUCAGCAGAUCAUCACGCCUUCGUUCUCCAUGCAACAGGUCAACUGUAACGCCGUGCUCGUGCCCUCUCAGGUCUUCUCGUCGCCCAUCAUGAUCCCGCACAACAGUUUCAUCUCCCACCAGUCGCAGUCAAGCUACCAGGCUCAGCCUCAGGCAUCACAGCACUCCCUCCAGCUCCAGCAGCCCCAGCAGUUCUUUCAGAUGACCCAAGGAUUGGUGCACAGUGGAUCGACUCCAGCAUUCUUACACACCGCCAACAUCCAGCAGCAAAGUACCGUGGGAUACAUACAGCAGCCGCCGCCGCAAGCACAGCAGCAACAGCCGCAACAAAGAUCGUACCAACAUUCCCACAAUCAGAAUGUUUCAGACUUUAGGAAUAUGCUAACACGGUAGCACUGUAGAAAUCGGCAUCAAACUCUGCAGCAAAACUGACUGACACGAGCGGCCCGAACCUUAUAAUGUGAAGCUGCUCGUUCACGGGACGUGCUGGAGUUCAACGCGACGCGGAUCAGACGUAACUGAGGAUCUGAGGAAUGUGAUGAUGAGAGGCGGGGCCUUUCAUCACCAGCUCGCGACACGCUGACUUGUCAUUGAAACAAGUGGAUUUAUCACCGCUGUCACAAGGACGCCACUUUCAUUUCGCACUUUGCUACCAAGCCCCACCCAGAAGUAGAGUAUUUAUUUUUGCCUAAAGUUAAUAUUAAAUAUGCACACGGCUUCACAGUGAGAUUAUUUUCCCUCACAACCCCCUUCAGUGAUACGAGUUCCCUUUUUUUGUCUGGAAAAAAAAAGGGAUGAGUGGGAAUUCGGACACCAGCCCCUAAAUAUGUGACCAUCGGGGCUUCAGUGUGGAAUAUCAUAUCUCUUUUUAAGCUACACUGACUCCUCAAGGCACAUUUGCCUAAACUUGACAAGCAUCCAUCUUUAUUGAAAGGCUCAGUCUGCAACAUGAAGGGCUGCUUCAACUGUCUCAACACUUGCCAGUGAAAUUAACAACAGUCCCACAAUGAGCACUGCAGCGCCACUGUGGACAGACUUGGUAAACAAGUUCGUAGUGGAGGGGGGAUACUGUAAUGUGCCUUGAACCAUGCUACUACUUCUACCAUGGUGCAGUUCCAUUGUUGUGAUUACGGCUUUAAAAAUCCUACUCAGGUGCAUUUGGGAUACAAAGUUUCUAUUUUCAUAGAUAGUAAUUUAUUAUGUUUUUCCCGCAUCAGAUUCAAAUCAAGAGACAUAUAGAUUUAUAUUGGAGAUUGGAAAAAAUCUAUAUACAGGAUGCCUUCGCGACCCUACCUUGUCCCAUCAAUUAACUCAGAUGCUUUAUUCUUUCACAUUGAAUAAUAUAUAUGCUGAAACCCUGGUUACAUUUAUUUGAAAUUAUUCAGAAAUGUCACAAGGUUUAGAUGAAUUUGAAACGGUGAUGCAGGAAAUUAAAGGGUCACCACUGGUUUUAACCCGACGUCAUGUACAUGUUAUAGGUUUGUAAAUUGGAUUUUUCAGUCCAAACGUCACAAAAAUGGUGCCGUUACAAAGAUAUUAAUGCUUUUUAUUUUCGGACACCGUCAGAGGGGUAUUCACUAUAUAUAAUAUUUAGUUUGUCUAAAACAUCCUGCAGUAUAAUCGGUUUAUAGUAAACAUUUAAUGCAAUGUGGUAAAAUGUACAAAUUUCAAAGUUGAAAUACAUAAAAAAAUCAUUCUGAGAAAAAGUGUUCCAGAAUGUUUCAAAAAAUGUGUUGGAAAUCAAUAAUAAAAUGAAUGAAAUGAAAUGCAGAAUCCACAUACCAAUGAAUGCAAACCUAAUGAGAAUAGUACAAUAAUGAAACAUCCUGUUAAAGUUAUAGCCCUCUGACAAUUAAACUAGGGAUUAUUAUCUUUGUAAAGGCAGAAUUCAUCAUACAAAUCCUGUUUUAGCGCUCAUUAGAUUGUGCAGGCGGACCUACAGUCAUGGAAGAAAUUAUUAGACUGCCCUUGUUUCUUCAGUUUCUUUCAUUUUAAUGCUUGGUUCAACUAAAGGUACCUUUAUACAAAUAUAAAGAUGACAAAAAUCUCAUACGAGAUACAAUGAAAUACAAUGCUAUAAGUAUUGAUGUAAAAACUUAAGUGAUUUCGGUUUUGACCAAAAUAAAAAAAAAGUAAGUUGCUAGAUAUCAGCUCUUAAAGGGGACCACUUCUCCACUUCUCUGACCUAUAAAUGUAGUUAGAAUGUUGUAUUUUCAUGCUAAGUUUCAGAUAAUGAGGUUUGCGCAUGUAAAGUGAGCCCUGAAAGAAGUUUAGAAUGGCUCAAAACGCCCGGUUUCAAAAGGCGUGGUAAAACUGCCCCCUUUGUGAUGUCACAGAGAGACGGACUUCCUUAUAUGGUUUAUAGUUAGGAAGCACUUUGGGCGUGUGACCAAUCACAGUGGAGUGGAAUAAAUUAAAACAGACCGUUUUGACAGGAAGCACAAAUCAAAGUAAAUAUAGCUGGAAUAGGUACAGAUUCUGGAAGAUCUAAAAAAGUGUUCUGUGUGGGUUAUUGUGUGUAGCUGCUCUAUAGGAGACCACAACUCAAUACAAAGGGUUGAAAAUGAACAUAAUAGGUCCCAUUUAAAUUAAACUCUCAAGAGUUAUUUUGUUAUCAUGGUUAUAUCUGUCCAAACAAAUUUACAACCUUUAGUUGUACCAGGCAUGGAUCCAUAAACAGGGGUGGUCUAUAAUAUUUUUUUCUUCCAUGACUGUAUAUUGUGGCCAGCUCAAUAGUACUUUCAGUUUAAAUUUAUUAUAUUUACUAAUACAGCGGUACCUCAGUUUUCAUUAAUUCCUUAUAAAAAAGGAAAACCGAAAUGUACGAAAACACAUAAUCCAACGUAUAUCCAAUGAAUCUGUUCCAGACACCCUAACAUUUGAACUAAUAAUAGAUUGAGAAUAAUUAUAAUUUUACAUGGUUGGGACUUAUUGGUGCGACUUCCCGUACAUCCUGGUGCGAUUGAAUUCAAUAGUGUUUCUCCACCCUCUUUAUGUCUCAGCUUGAUGGGUUAUGUAUCAGUGGGAUGCUUUCUUUGGGCUAUCCAUUUCCCGGAAUGAAACCCAGGUUCCACUGUAAGCAAUUUUCUCAAAGCAUGUGGUGAACUUGAAAAAAAAAUAAAGAAAAAUAUACAAAUUUAGGCAGUUAAGGGAGGCCCAGACGUUGUCUCGCCCUUUGGACUCCCCCGGUAUAUUAACAUUGUGACUGUUGUAUGCGUGUGUGUGCAAUGACAACGCAUCAGAGAGAGAUGUAAAGUAUAUGAAGAAGCUUCAUUGAAGAACAGCUGCUAAUUAUCUAAGGAUCAAACACUGCACGCCAUUUUUUCAAAUUUGUCACUCACUUUCUUUUAAUUAUAUGUUGUCAGGAAAGCUGACUGCUAUUUGCUCAACUGUGUAUCAGCUUCUACUGACAAUCCUAAUUGAAUUCCCCACAGACACAAUAGAGUUAUGAUCUCAACUGUUAGUGUUUUUUUCUCCCCCAGUAACGCUUGGUGUGAGCGACGACAUCAAAACGUGCCGUGCCGUUCUACUCUUCGACGACGAUGUGCAAUGUCUGUUUGAGAAUGUUAAUUUAUACUGUUUGAUACACCACUGUACUGCUUAAAUUAUUAUAUAUAAGGGUUUUUUGUUGUUGUUGAAAUACCCUGACAUUCCAUGGUGUGGAUAUCUUGUCAGAGACAAUAUGUUACACUCGAUGAUUACAGCUUAUAGACUUGGAAUGUGGUAUAGCUUGUUUUUUCCUCCUGAUCAUGUGAGACACAACCACUGAUUUAAAAGAAAAAAAACUAACUAAAAGUUCACCAUGAUGAAGUCAUCCAAACAUGGAAGAGAUUUAAGCGUUUGAUUUUGUGUUCCUUUUGCUGCUGAAAUGCUAAGCAGUGCCAAUAUUUGCAGUUAUCGAGGCAUAAUGAUGUCUCUCGUAUAGAAAUAGAAGCAGGUGGUGACGACUAGCUGACAUUGUGCAGGAGGCGGGGAAUGCACAUGUGGACCUUUCAGUCAGAAAGACCACUUCUAUUGUUAUUUGCCUUGCAUUCAUAUGAAAUAAUAAUGCACUCAUAUCCCAUUGCAGUUUAAGCUCAACAUGAUUUGCAUUGGAACACAAACACCCCGUCUUCACCUGGAUGUAAACAUUUUAGAGCCUUUCGAUCAUGUAAAUAAUUUGCUCGAAACAUUUCAACCAUCUCCCCUGUGUUUAGCUUCAUGGGCUUUUUCCAUUUGGUCUCACUGUUUUUGAAGGUUUGUGAUCUUUUUCCUGAUUUGUCAGGUGAUGAUGGACACUUUUAUUUUGGUGGAAGACUAUUAAGGCCAGGAACUGAGGAACAUGAACCUGCCACACAGCAAUUUCUGCUGUUGCGGUGCAGAAAACAUUGAAUAUAUUGUAUAUUAGAAUGUACAAAAAGACACUAGAUGAUAUAGUUUAUUUUGUAUGUCUCAUGGAUUACAUAUGUACGUUACAUGAUUUUACAAUUAAAGUAAUUUUGUAACAGAUAAUCAAGUGUCUUAAUAGAGGUGAGGCUCUGUUGUGUUGGUGUUGCAGUCGCUUGUAUGUUGUUUUUUUUCCCCUCUCCUUGUAUUUACCAUUGAAAGAAGCUUUAAAAAUAUAUAUUGUAAAUAUUGUUGAAAUGAAAAUAACAAAUUAAGUUUACAGUCUUAACAUAUCUUGACAUGAAUUAUGUUAUAUUGAAAUAUUUAUAAAAAAUCAGCCUGGAUAUUGUGAAAUAUUUGGAAAUAAAUAUUUUUAAACAUA